AUGGAAUACAAUUGCAAGGAAUUCAAGGUAGGGAAAUGCGAAGGUGAAAAGUUAGUAGAUGGAGAAACCUUGCCUUUAGUGCUCACACCUCCAGAACCAAGUAAAAACGGGAUAGAGUCGUUAUUGGUAGCUCUAAAGAACAACAAAGAAUGGUUUGAAGAGAUGCUUGUGAAGAAUAGUGCUGUUCUUUUUCGUGGAUUCGACGUGAAGAAUGCAGUUGAUUUCAAUGACAUUGUGGAAACUUGUGAUUGGGAAGAUAUCCGUUAUGUGGGGCCCGCCCCACGAACACAUAUCCACAAGAGAAUUUGGACUGCUAAUGAAGGCCCUCUCUCUGAAUUCAUUUACUAUCAUCAUGAAAUGGUUUUGAUAAAAGAGUUCCCGAAAGCGGUGAUACUUUUCUGUGAGGUCCCACCACCAGAAGGUGGAGAGACGCCAUUUGUUCCAAGCUUCAAAGUCACUGAACGAAUGAUGGAGGAGUUCCCUGAAUUUGUGGAGGAAGUUGAAGCCAAGGGAUUGAAAUACACAUUCACAGCUCUCAGCAAUGACAAUACCACCUCCAUGAGAGGUCGAGGUUGGCAGGAUGCUUUUGCAACACAAGACCAAGAAGAAGCUGAAAGAAGGGCAAGGGCUCUAGGGAUGGACGUUGAAUGGCUGGAAAACGGUGGUGUGAAAACGAUUUUAGGUCCAAGAGCAUUGACCAAAGUUUUUGAGGGAAGGAAAGGGAGGCGAAUGUGGUUCAAUACAAUGGUGGGGAUGCAUGGGAAGGAGCUUAGCUCAGCGAUGAUGGCUGAUGGGACUGAGAUACCAGAGAACAUAGUGAAGAGAUGCGAAGAGAUAAUUGAGGAUGAAAGCAUUCAAUUCAAGUGGGAGAAGGGAGAUGUGUUGUUUCUUGACAAUUAUGCUACGCUUCAUGGAAGAAGGCCAUCUCUUGCUCCAAGAAGAGUCUUGGUUGCUACAUGCAAGUAGUUUCGAUUAUAGUAAGCAACAUGUGAGAAUAAUG